CUACGAGACCGCCACCUGCUGCGAUAGAACGAGAGAGCAGACGGCGAGAAACAUUGGGGAUCAGAAAAAUAGAGAGAGAGAACAAGGCUGUUACGAUAAUACUUACAGCAUGGCGACCAUGACAAUGACCGCCGCGCCACCGUCGCAGCGAAAGUCGAACAAGGCGUCGAAACUCCCACCAGAGAACGAGAGAUACAUGAGGGCGUGUUCAGAUGUCGCUAACGCACUGAUUCAAGAGUAUGAGGCGCAGAUGGAUCCGGGCAAGCCCAAGAAAGACAUCAAUCUCAACAAGUUGCGGGGACAAAUAUCCAAGAAACAUGCGCUUAGCACGCAGCCAUCGCUGACGGCGAUUAUCGCGGCCGUUCCUGAGCACUACAAGAAAUAUAUCUUGCCGAAGCUGAUUGCCAAGCCUAUCAGAACCUCGUCGGGUAUCGCUGUUGUCGCCGUGAUGUGCAAACCCCAUCGAUGCCCUCAUAUUGCGUAUACGGGGAAUAUCUGUGUGUACUGCCCGGGAGGUCCCGACUCGGACUUUGAGUACUCGACGCAGUCGUACACAGGGUACGAGCCGACAUCGAUGCGUGCGAUCCGCGCACGCUACGAUCCGUUCGAGCAGGCGCGUGGGCGCGUGGAGCAGAUCAAGUCGCUUGGCCAUAGUGUGGACAAGGUUGAAUACAUUAUUAUGGGUGGGACGUUCAUGUCUCUUCCAGAGGAGUACCGCGAUACGUUCAUCUCGCAGCUUCACAACGCUCUGAGCGGGUAUGAGACGAAGAACGUGGAUGAAGCGGUGCAAGCGGGCGAAAUGAGCAACAUCAAGUGCGUAGGUAUCACGAUCGAGACGCGGCCCGAUUACUGUCUGGAUACACAUCUGAGCAGCAUGCUCCGCUACGGGUGCACGCGGCUGGAGAUCGGUGUGCAAAGCCUGUAUGAGGAUGUGGCCAGGGACACCAACCGCGGCCACACCGUUGCUGCUGUGGCCGAGACGUUCAAGCUAGCCAAGGACGCCGGCUUCAAGGUGGUUAGCCACAUGAUGCCCGACCUGCCGAAUGUUGGGAUGGAACGUGAUCUGUUCCAGUUCCAGGAAUACUUCGAGAACCCGGAUUUCCGCACCGACGGGCUCAAGAUCUAUCCCACCCUGGUCAUCCGCGGCACAGGGCUCUACGAGCUGUGGCGGACGGGACGGUACAAGAACUAUACGCCCAACGCGCUGAUCGACGUAGUGGCUCGCAUUCUCGCUCUGGUGCCGCCCUGGACACGCAUCUACCGCGUCCAGCGUGAUAUCCCGAUGCCCCUAGUGACCUCUGGGGUGGAGAACGGCAACCUGCGCGAACUGGCGCUGGCCCGGAUGAAGGAUUUCGGUACGACCUGCCGGGACGUGCGGACCCGCGAGGUGGGCAUCAACGAGGUGACGAAAAAGAUCCGCCCGUCUCAGGUGGAGCUGGUGCGGCGCGACUACAUGGCCAACGGCGGGUGGGAGACCUUCCUGGCCUACGAAGACCCCAAACAAGACAUCCUGAUCGGCCUGCUGCGCCUACGCAAGUGCAGUCCCACGCACACCUUCCGCCCAGAGUUCACCGGCCAGCAGACAAGCAUCGUCCGCGAACUACACGUCUACGGGUCUGCCGUGCCGCUGCAUGGCCGCGACCCGCGCAAGUUCCAGCAUCGCGGCUUCGGCACCUUGCUGAUGGAGGAGGCCGAGCGCAUCGCCCGCGAGGAGCACGGCAGCUCCAAGAUCAGCGUCAUCUCCGGCGUCGGCGUUCGCAGCUACUACGCUCGUCUUGGGUAUACCUUGGACGGGCCGUACAUGUCCAAGACUCUGGAUCCGUACGAAGAAGAUGAAUUCGGAUUUUAAUCGGAAAAAAAAAAAAAAAAAAGGAGGGG